GAGGAUUUGCCCGAGAGAUGGGGCCUCGCGUUAGGACUUGAGACAGGGCUUCUAAAGCCUUGCGGUGGGGCCAGGCCGCCAGCCUUCAGAUGCCACGGCCGCCACGGGCUGUAACGGAGACGAUGCUCGGCGUGCUGCCCUUCCUCCCUCCCCCGCCCCAUGCAUUCGUUUGUGCUUCUUCAGCAUCACGCUCUGCCCGUGCGUGCGGCGUGUCGGCUGGACGGCAGCCUCUCCUUCCAGCAGGAGAGUCAGGCCUGCAGCUGAACCAGAAGGCGCUGACCACCUUCCCGGACGUGGUGCUCGUGCGGGUCCCCACCCCCUCGGUGCAGUCGGACAGCGACAUCACGGUCCUGCGACACCUGGAGAAGCUGGGCUGCCGCUUGGUCAACCGCCCGCAGAGCAUCUUAAACUGCAUCAACAAAUUCUGGACCUUCCAGGAGCUGGCGGGACAUGGGGUCCCCAUGCCCGACACCUUCUCCUAUGGUGGGCAUGAAGACUUCUCAAAAAUGAUCGAUGAAGCCGAGCCGCUGGGCUACCCCGUGGUGGUGAAGAGCACGCGUGGACACCGGGGAAAAGCCGUUUUCCUCGCGAGAGACAAGCACCACCUCUCAGACGUCUGCCACCUGGUCCGCCACGACGUGCCCUACCUGUUCCAGAAGUACGUGAAGGAGUCCCACGGGAAGGACAUCCGCGUGGUGGUGGUCGGCGGCCAGGUGAUCGGCUCGAUGCUGCGCUGCUCCACGGACGGCCGGAUGCAGAGCAACUGCUCGCUCGGUGGCGUGGGCGUCAUGUGCCCGCUGACGGAACAAGGCAAGCAGCUGGCCAUCCAGGUGUCCAACAUCCUGGGCAUGGACUUCUGCGGCAUCGACCUUCUCAUCAUGGACGACGGCUCCUUCGUGGUGUGCGAGGCCAACGCCAACGUGGGCUUCCUCGCCUUCGACCAGGCGUGCAACUUGGACGUGGGCAGCAUCAUCGCGGACUACACCAUGACCUUGCUGCCCAGCAGGCCCACCGGGCACAUGGCCGUCCUCCCCGGGCUGUCCGGUCCCAGGGAGCAGAAGGAGCCCGACGGCUGCGGGUCCGCGCAGGGCAUCGGCGCCGAGAGCGGCUACGCCGUCAACAGCGGGUCGACGUCCAGCGAGAGCGAGCCCGAACUGGGGGAGAGCCGGGCCUCCGCCGCCGGCUCGGCAGGCGCCCCGGCCCCCGUGCUGCCGGAGCCCGGCUACAACAUGAACACCAGGAUUGCUGCAGAGUUGAAACUGAAGUGAAUUCCUGCUUUUUGGCAGAUUGAAACCAAAUCCGCCUGCUUCCCUAGUAGUUUUGAGCGAAUAAAAUCUGGACUAAAGUGAUUUCAUUUGCACAGAAACUAGAAAUCCCAUCUGGGCACUCAGCAGUCUUUCUAACAAUGAUUUAAGCACAUGGCCUAGCUUUGUGGUUUUUAUAAACACGCAUAUAAAAGCCCUCACCGAGAACUACGUCCCGACUGAUGCACUUGAGACCAGUGUCUGCCGCGAGCCCUCGGAUGUGCUGGCUGCUUUAGGCCGCGGACUCUGCGCUGUGCUUCUCGCUUUUAGCCGUAGAGCCCGUGAACUCGCAACAGCUCCUGGAAAUGCAGAAAAGCAGCCCCCGGACAGAAGCACGUGCAGAAGCGGUGGAACCUGACCACAGUUGUGUGCUCUCCAUUAGGUGUGUGUGUGUGUGUGGUGUGUGUGUGUGAAGAGCGAGAAAGAGGCUCAGAGAAUACACAGUCCAGACAUCGUUAGAGGAUUAGCCUCUGCUCCCCGUUGCCCACCGUCUUGAGCAUAGUUCUCUGACGCUAAGGAUAUGGUGUUUGAGGGAGCUUCCUUCUUAGCAUGUUCAGUGAAGCGCUUUGUAGAAAGCGAGCCCGAAGGCCCUUUGGCUUCCCUGGUUGGCACACAGCCUGCCCUAAAACUGGGGCUUUCUACAAACUGCUUUGCCACUCCAGAUGCACCGACCCUGCCUCUGUGCACGCAGCCCCAGCAGCCGCUUUGCACCUUUGCUGCCUUUGGCCUCCGCUGGAAGUGCCCUUCACCGAGCUCUGGCCGCACACGUUCUGUCUUAGGCACGUUCCAGAACAGCGUGGGCUUCUUUUCCGUGGACUCUAUUCACAUCAGAAGCCGGCGGGUUUUUUCACCCAGAAAGCUCCUGGAGGAUCGGCGUUUGCCCGUCUGCUCUCCUGAACCCGUGCGUGCUUAGCUGUAGGAGCGCGUCGGGCGAGUUGGUGGCGUUGGCCUGUCGGGGCCAUGGAGCCAUUGGAAACACUCCAGUCCCCUUGACACUAGUCUUACCCGGGUGCCAGAGACCUGUCCUGACCCACUUUUCCACACCGGGGAGACUCAGGUAUCAGGAAUGACUCCUUGGUGGGGGACCCGGGGUGGGGGGGAGGGACAGUGUAGACAUGACACCAAGUGCUUUUCACUCUAGCUCUUCCAGCAGUAGAGCCUUCCCUUGGGAGAAAUCCCGGAGACGGAGUUCCAUUUCUGCCCGUGCGACGCGUGAGAGAAACGAGCAAGGCUCCCUUUUUAGCCAAAUACGCUGGAGCACGUGCACUCAGAGCCAUCACGAACUCACUGACUUCCUUGGGAGACCUUGCUCUUGAGCUGGGGUGUCGCGUGUGCCAGGAGCACCUAGAAGGUCUCUUUGGCAUUGUCUUGGGAGCCAUGCCAAAACAGAGGCCUCACCACCGUAGAGUCAGGCCUUGUUUCUUACACCACCCUCCCCAGAGGUCAUCCUGGGUCAUCCAUCACCCAUUUUAUCAGACGUUCCUUCUAAUGUUCUUUGACUGUUAAAAAAAAAAAAAAAAGAUCAUCCCUCAACAAAUAAAUCUACCCUUAAAGGGCAAAGAACAACAUUAACGAAGCUUAAAGCGGAUGGUUUCCAAGGAGGGUUCUAGAAAGUUCUGAGUAAGGUCAGCUUCCCUGGACUCAGCGAACGUCCGCCCAAGGUGACUAGUGUGAAGGCAUGGACCCCCGGCUGGGUGUACAAAUUCCUGCACUUACUCUCCUGUCCGUGUCAAAUGUGUGAAAAGUCAAACUCUUCCAUGUUUUCACAACACACUUAAAUAGAAAUUGGCUUUGGAAAUACUGUGGGAAACCUCAGACCUCACCAAGUAGCAGUCGUGCAAUUGAAAACUGGCGCCGUGUCAUGGAGCUGUCACACGACUCAGUCGUAGUUUAAAUGCAGUCAACAUAGGUGCAUGCCACUUAACUGUAACUCCGGUCACGUGUCUGUGCAGUUGAAAAAUGAACGUCUCUUACCUUUUAUGUAGGUUAAGACAUGUACCUUAUCUUUACCACUCAGGGUGGGUUUUGAAGGAUGGUUCUAGGUCUGGUCUUGUUGGAAUUGUCCAGAUGCUUUCUAUGUGAACCUCUGAACCAAGGGAUGACCUUCUGGAAGCUGCAUCCAUGCCUUCCCACAGUUUAGUGUAAGCCCAGUCUCCUCGCUUUUCUCUAAGUAAAUGCUGGCGGGCCCCAUCCUGAGCAGAGCAGCCAGAGGGGGCUUCCAGAUUUGUCAAAGGGGGCCCAUUGUCCAGCCAUCAGUGACAGCCGUGGUCACUGGCAUCGUUGCUUGGGACGUAGCCCUGACUAGAAGCAGAGAAAGCUGGGUCACAGCUGGACCUAGCCUCCCUCCAGGGUUUCCCAUGUUGGCUCAGGGCCCUGGGAGGCGCAGCCAGGUGGCUGGACCGCCCUUGUCACAGCUGCCCGCAAGGCCUACUGGAAGGAAUGUGGGGCACAGAGCCCAAUCCUGGUUCUGGUUCUCCCCUUAACCAGCUGAUGAACCUUAUACCAUCAAGUUGACUCUGUGCCUUGAUUUUUCCAUUCUUCUGGUAGGGGAGAGGCCUAUUCUAUUUGCCCCUUGGAGGGUGCUUUGAGGUGAGUUAAUUAAUGGAACUGCGUUACGUGGAGGUGGUAGAUAACUCCCACAUCUGAUUUUUAACAGCUUCCUAUCACCCCCUCCGGGGGGUGGGGGUUAGUUAAAGGAAGAAGCCACCAAUUCUUGGCAUGAGCACACUAAACCGUGGUAGGGGGCCUGAAAAAGGAUGCAGCUUCUCCAAGGCCUUAUGACCUGAAAGGGGUAAGGCGUUUAGUGUAUUCAGCCUUCUGGAUGUAUCGCAUAUAACCUGAAACUCUUGGCUCUCGUAUAUCCGCAGUCUUCCUUCUGUAACAUAAACUGCAGUGUCUGUAUCCGGUCUUCCCAUUUAUCUGGUAGUAGCAUCUUGAAACUGGUCAAAACUUGAAUGCCAAUAGCUCAGUCACUCAGAAUAUAUAUGAUUCUGCACUUGGGA